UCCGCUUCUCGUAGCUCUCCGUGGCAGCUCCGUACUCCAGCAGGCUCCUGGGUCCGUAAUGGUUCAGACCAAUGGAAUGGUGAUAAUGUCCUGCGAAGCCAAAACCUCGCCCACUAGCACGCGCAUCUACUGGCUGAGACAUCGCCAGGCUCCAAGCCCGGACAGUCACUACGAGUGCCUGGCCUACUGGGAUCCCAUAAAAGGGAUUGUGUAUGGACAGGAAGUGGAGCCAGAGAAGCUAACUGUGUUUCCAGACGCGACCCGGUCCAUUCUCAAUCUCACAAGUGUGAAGCCUGCAGACAGUGGCAUCUACUUCUGCAUGACCGUUGGGUCGCCCGAGCUGACCUUCGGGAAGGGAACUCGGCUGAGUGUGGUUGAUGUCCUUCCCACCACUGCCCAGCCCACCAAGAAGCCCACCCCCAGGAAGAAAAUGUGUCGGCCCCCAAGCCCAGUGACCCAGAAGGGCCCAUCCUGUGGCCUCCUCACCCUCGGCCUGUUGGUGGCUGGAGUCCUUGUUCUGCUGGUGUCCUUGGGUGUGGCCAUCCACCUAUACCGCCUGAAGAGGAGAGCCCGGCUUCGCCUCCUGAAACAGUUUUAUAAAUGAGCAGAGAAUAUGCUUUUGGUGUCCUGCUACAAAAAUAUGUUGGUCAAUAAUGAGCGAGAUCUGGAAAAAUGAGAGAGAAGGGACAUGCUCAACUCCCUCAAUUGUGGCAAUUUCACUGACCUGCUGAAGUUGCCU